AGAAGAUAGCAACAUUUUUCUUUUGUUUUUUUUAAACAUUUUCUUCGACAUUAUCACAGCAGCAUCAUAAUCUCGAUUUUACAUUACAUGAUUUUAUUUAUUCGCUGUUGUUGAUGUUGUUGUUAUUGUUGAUGAAAAACGAUAAAGCAAAAAGCAUAAAAUAGCAAACAAAAAAAAACAAAAUAAGUUUUAAAGAUUCUAUUUAUUUCGUUACUGUCAUCAAAACUGCAAUAGCAGCACAAAAUCAAGAAAAAAAAUCAAAACAGUAAUAACACAAUAAUAAAGAGAACAAUAGUAAGAGAAGAGCGCCACACUAGUGAUAAUAGUUUACUGAGUAGUAAGAAAAAAACAAAAUACAAAAUAAUAAUAAGUUUUAAGCUCAACAAUAGAGAGAAAAGCCUUUAAGCGAUAACUACUUACAAUCUCAUCAAAAACACAUAAAAAAAUUAUGUUUCAAUUUUAAAAGAGAAAGUAGAAAAACAAAAAGAAAAUAAAAUACGAAAAAUACUUAAAAUUAGAGAAGCAGUUUAAUAUUACAACAGCAGAUGUUCGGAAAGCAAUGCAAAUCAAUUUUUACAACGAAAAAACUUUUUGAUUUUCUAUCGGAAACAUUUUGUCUUCACUAUUUUGUACGACACGUCGAGUACAUAUAGAAUUGCUGCCAUACGCUUAAAACAAUAAUUUUUGGAAAAAAAAAAAGAGAAUAAUCAAGCAAGUAGUAGAAAACUUUUCAAAAUCCAAGUCAAUUCAUCACUAAGUAGUUGGAAUUAAAAUAAUUUCUUCUAUAUAAAAAAAAAGCAACGAUCAAAAGACAAAAAAAGAAAAGUAAAACAACAGAGAAAAAUCGCACAAUUUUAUUUUAUUUUUGUUGGAUAUUUCAGUUUUUCUCCGUUCAUUUUUGUUUUUUUAAUUUUACACGCCAUUUUUUUUUCAACUGCACAAUAAAAAGAGGAAAAAAAGAAGAAUUUCUUUAUUGACAUAUCCUUCCGGUUUACUGUUCCUUUACAAUUGCAACGUAUAUAACAAUAAUUUUUUUUCUAACAGGAUUCGUGUUAGAAAGCAGAAAAAAUUUUCAUUAUUUGCCUUUGGUUUUAUUGGUUUUUUUGGUUUUUACAUUAUGUGUAUUUGAAAAUACUGUCAAAAACAUAAAAAAGAAAAAAAAUAAAAAUAAUUUCAAUUUUCUAUGAAUGUUGUUGGGAAAAAAAGGAUAGUGGAAACUAUUUGAGAACAAAAUUUUAUUGAAUGAGAAGAUACUUGGAAAAUUUUUGUAACAAACUUGCAAAAUCAAAAAUCAUUGACAUUAUUGAAGGGAAAGAAUUUUUAAAAAUUUUACAGAGGAUUGAACGAAUUUUUUUAUUAUUUUUUUUGUUAUAAAUAAAUUGUUUUAUCUUAUGCAAGUUCCUUGAAGAACAUUCUAUUUGUCGCAUAAUAUAACGAAUUACAAAAAAGAAAGUAAAAUAAGGAUACUUAACGCUAGAUUUAUACGCUCAAAAAAAAAUAAGGAAAAGCUUGAAGCAAAAAGAAAUUUUUAAAAAUACAAAAAAAAAAAAUAUAAAGUGAAUUGUGUGAAAUUUUCAACUUAAAAUAAAUUUUUCAACAUUUUAUUGCAACAGCUACAGGAGCACAUUGUAUUUCAAUUGUUCUUCAACCAGGAUCGUCUGAUUUCUCCUUUUCUUUUUGUUUUUUUGGUUUGUGAUAUUGAAGUAUAUAUAAAACUUUCAACCUGGGGUUCACAAAUAUUGUACGUAGUAAUAGCCGAAUUCAAUUAGUUGAAAAUAGUGUUAAUAAUAAUAAAAAAGAAGAGAAAAUGCGACUGCCUUACAGAAAUCGUAAAAUAGCCCUAUUUUGGGUUAUGUUUGGUAUGGUAGCUAUUACAAUGUUUGUGUUCAAAUUUACUGAAUUACGUCCAACAUGUUUGCUUAGAGAUGAACCAUUAAUGAUAAGAGAAGAGAAAUAUGUGACGGGAAGUGAUCAUAAAGCCUAUUCAUAUAAUCGUGAAAUGCCAUUAAUAUUUAUUGGUGGUGUACCUAGAUCAGGUACAACAUUAAUGAGAGCAAUGUUGGAUGCACAUCCAGAUGUGAGAUGCGGUCAAGAGACACGUGUCAUUCCACGUCUGUUACAAUUACGUUCACAUUGGAUUAAAUCAGAAAAAGAGACUAUACGGCUAAAUGAAGCCGGUAUUACCAAAGAUGUAAUGGAUAGUGCCAUUGCUCAAUUUUGUUUAGAAAUAAUAGCAAAACAUGGUGAACCAGCACCACGUUUAUGUAAUAAAGAUCCUUUAACACUUAAAACGGGUUCAUAUGUAAUUGAAUUGUUCCCAAAUGCAAAAUUCUUGUUUAUGGUGCGUGAUGGUCGUGCAACAGUUCAUUCAAUUAUAUCAAGAAAAGUGACAAUAACUGGUUUUGAUUUGACAAGUUAUCGGCAAUGUAUGACAAAAUGGAAUAAAGCAAUUGAAAUAAUGAAUGAACAGUGUAAAGAAAUUGGUUCAGAUAAAUGUAUGAUGGUCUUUUAUGAGCAGCUGGUUUUACAUCCUGAAGAAUGGAUGCGAAAAAUUUUGAAAUUUUUGGAACUUCCAUGGAAUGAGUCCGUACUUCAUCAUGAGGAAUUCAUUAACAAACCAAAUGGAGUCCCACUUUCAAAAGUUGAAAGAUCAUCAGAUCAAAUAAUUAAACCAGUUAAUUUGGAAGCUUUAACAAAAUGGGUUGGUGAAAUACCAGAAGAUGUUGUACGUGAUAUGGCAAAUUUAGCACCAAUGUUAUCAAAAUUAGGUUAUGAUCCAUAUGCGAAUCCACCAAAUUAUGGUAAGCCAGAUGCAUGGGUACAGGAUAAUACGUAUAAGGUCAAGGCCAACAAAAUGCUAUGGGAUCAUAAAGCAAAACAUAUAUUAGGUUUACCAUCUGAAGAGGUUUAUAUUAAAUCAUAUGAACUGACUAAUAACAAUAUACCAGAUUUGUUAUCAGAUAAUAAUAAGAAAAAUAAUAAUGAAAAUAAUAAUGAUAAUAAUGAAAAUAAUAAUGAUAAUAGUAAUAAUAAUAAUAUUAUAAAUAAUAGUAGUCAAAAUAAUAAUAAUAAUAAUAAAUUAUAUAAUAUUAAAAAUAAUCCAGAAUUAGAACAGGAAUUAUUGCAAGAAUCAACAAUACAAAGGCAAUAACAGUUACAACAAUUACAAUCACAACAAUAUAAUAGUAUAAAACAACAACAGAAACCGAAAUCAAAAAAACAACAUCAUAAUUAUCAUAAAGAAAAUAUGGAAAAUAAUAAUAAUGAUAAUAAAAAUAAUGAAAUUAAUAGUAGUAAACAGAAUCAAAGAAUAAAUAAGGAAAAUUUUCCAAGUGGAAAAACAUGAUACCGGAUACCGAAACGUGUUAUACAAAUUAAGACGCAUAAAACCUAAAAAAAAAAUUAAAAUAAAUUUAAAAUGCCUAAAUACAGAGAAAAAA